UGGUUCGCGUGAAGUUCAGCGCAGAGCCAGGAAGAGAAACAGCAGCAUUAGACGAGCAAACACCCGCGGGACCGCGACGCUUUACCGCGCGUUGAACUGGAUUGUUGUUUCGUGGAUUGAGACACAAUGUCUGAGCUUUAUGCUACUACCACAGAAACAUAUGGCACAAAUAUUCUCUUCUCAGGAAGCAUGUGAUGACCCAUGCUCGGAAAAACACUUCCAUUGGCCAGCAUCACAGCGAGGGGCGGGGCCACAGACAAAGCUGGUCACAUGGUGAAACAGUGGGCGGAGCCUGGCCUGCGCAUUCAAUGCAAGAAGGCAAGGCCAAGAAAGUCAAGGAGAGUCAAUGUUUGGCAGAACGUUCAGUGAAGAUGAAUGACAGUAAGAGUAAGAAAGGAAAGUCCUCUGCUGGGAGUGAGUGCCAUCGGAAGCUCUACCCGCUCCGAGGAAGAAGCGAGGCCUUGGGUUGUCACGUUCUUCUCACUCGCCUACAUAAUGAGACCAACAGAGAUCCAGAACACAAAAAGACAAAAACAGCUCACAAGAAAGCAGAGAAAACCAGGGAGCCGUUGCAGAAACGCCUCAAAACCUUCGAUGAACCUUCGGCUCAGGAGCCACGCAAACGCAGACUAGCGUCGCUAAACGCCGAGGCGCUCAACAGCCUUCUGCUUGAGAAAACCGACAGAGCGUCAGACGCCAAACUCCCCAAGAAACAAACCACUACAGAGCAAACCAAGACCUGCUCCAGAAGAGCCAGGAAGACCGAGACGUGCCCAAACCUCACGAAGGAACAGGAAGUGAGUUUGUACGCUCCUGUUCCCCGACGCUUGGCCGGACUCAACGCCGCCGCGCUGCUAAAGCUCACCAGCUCCACCGCUAACAAGCACCGAGUCAGACCGGACAGACACAAAGCAGCGCACAAGCCCAAGAAACCACAGCCAGAAUCACAAGACGCCUGCCAAGUGUGCAGAAACAGGAGCUUGGAUAAACCCGGAUACCAGAGCAUGCUGGGAUACGCUCCGGUGGAGCUGGUGAAGGAGGAGGCGGAGCUGAGUCCGUGUUUCUGCUGUCCGCCGGAGUAUCUGACGCUCUUCCUGGACGAGGAGCGCCUGGUUCUGUGUGCUGACCCCUGCUGCUCCAGCUACUACGUCCACAUCGCUCGCCCCGGGCCCAGUCUAAGCCCCGCCUUCUGCUGCCGCCCGGCCUGUGAGGUCAGAGGAUUCACCUUCAGCCGCCCGACCUGCUCCUGCCCCUGCUCCAGCUGCAGCCGCCCCAUCAAAACAGAAGAGGAGCACAGUCACACGGUCUCCGGAUGUCCCAGCAUGCCCCGAGUGACCCCAGCCGUCCCCAGUCUCCUGUCCUCCAUGUCUGACCGCAGGCUUCAGAUGGGCAAAGAAUGCCCUCAAAACCCCAAACCGCCCCACGGCUCGCUCACUACGGGCUACAGCAGAUCGUCCCAGACGCGUCCCACAGGAAGUGCCAAACAGCAGCAGAAGGCCACGAACGGAUGGCGUCCUGUCGGAGUGUCCACGGAGAAGGAGGUGUUUAUAGCGGGCGAUGACCAGACGGUUCUCCGUCAGUGUUAUGAAGGAGUGGAGCGGGACGGAGAGGUGAUCCGGGUGCGAGACACGGUGCUCUUACGGUCCGGACCGCGCAGGAAAUCUCUGCCGUACGUGGCCAAGAUCUCGGCUCUGUGGGAAGACCCCAGAACAGGAGAGCUGAUGAUGAGUCUGUUCUGGUAUUAUCGUCCGGAGCACACGCAGGCCGGCAGAGAUCCCAGCAUGCACUGUGAGAACGAGAUCUUCGCCUCCCGUCACCAGGAUGAGAACAGCGUGGCCUGCAUCGAGGAGCGCUGCUAUGUUCUGCCGUUAGCACAGUACUGCAGAUUUUGUGCCUUGGUGAAGCGGCGCUCAGAGGGCGUGCCUGACCACGCCCCGCUCGUGCCCCGCCCCUCUGACAGCGCUGGCCCCGCCCACCGCCUGCUUCCCGAUGGCGUGGAUCCGCAGCUGGUGUAUCUGUGCUAUGACUUCCGCUACGGACGCAUCCUGAAGACGCCGCAGUGAAGCUGGUUCUGUUCCUCUCUCUGUCAUGUUCACUGGACUGUCACACUGCUGAGGGCUGACGGAGGAACCUCUUUCAGAAAACAUCUCCACUGGUUUAGGACUAGACCACAGAUCCAGAUUAAAGGUCCGUUCACACUAAUGACGAUAUAACCAUAACUAUAAUCCAACCACAACUAUGACAACACAGAUGAACAUUAUAUCAGUGUCCUGCAGCACAGAAGCAGUCAUCAGUGUCUCAGACGUAUAUUUGGAGAAAUAGACAACAAUACACUGUAUGAGUCACAAUUACAAACAAUACAGUUUUUGGUGUGAACGUGCCUUAAGAGUUUCUUAGGAGUUUCAUUCUUUUGUUAAGCACAAAAGAAGAUACUUUGAAGAAUGUUGCAAACAGACACUUGACGGUAGCCAUUGACUUCCACAGUAUUUUUCUAUCCUGUCAUGUGAUUUUGGGGUGUACUGUCCCUUUAAGAGUGUGUUUGUGUGAAGCUCAGCUGAGGUGAGUGAAGCUCACGCUUAAGUCUUAUAUCUUUUAUAAAUGAUUGAUUUGAAAAUCUGACCAAACGAACCAAAGGACGGUGAGAAUCACCAAACAGUCAUUGUUAAACUCUGAAUCACUGAGUCCGAACAGCUGAUUAGUAAGGAGAUCUAUGUUUUAUACGUAUGAAAUUAACUUCUCUAGAAUGCACAAAUAUAUUUUAAUAUUUAUUUGAUGAACCGACGCUUCUAGUUUCCCCGAGAGAGAUUGCACUAUUACAUUCCCUGUCAUUCUAGCUUCGCUGCUAAUCUAACUUCUAAUCUAAUCUAGCUUCAUCUUCUAGUGAACAUCUAACCAAGAGAUUCCCAAAGUGAGAGUUUCUCGGACUGAACAAUGAACAAUGCAUUUCAUUAUGAGUUUUUCACCUAGUUAUUUCUCCAAGCUUUUCCGGAGAUACUAGUAAUGAUGGAUCUAACUAGUUCAGCUGGUGAUUAGAUGAUUUUCUAGUGUCUCUAUAUAUUUAUGAUGUUUAAAGUGUGAAAUCAGCAGCUCGUUGUUCUCCGCUAAUUACAGAAAAGGAAAAAUCAUUUCUAUGUUUGGGAACAGCAUUGUCUUUCUGCUUUCAAUUUCUUCGUAACGAAAAGGAGAUAUUUUAUUAAGUCUGUUUCUACGGCUGGAAUAUAAAAUAUAUUUUUAGGACUAUUUUUGAGGAAGCAGAUCUGUUUAAAUUGCUGUUAUUUUCUCAGAUUUAUGAUCUGGAGUGAAAUCGAGUGACACCAUCUUUUAUCAUAAGUUUAUCAGACUUUGGAGACUUUUAAUUUGUAUUUAUAGAAAUUAUUUAAAAUGGAGUAUAAGCAUAAAUCUAUAUUUCAUAUAGUUUAGAAAUGUUUUGGAGUGCUGUGGCUCAAUAUAAAUGUUAUUUGUGUUAAAUGAUGAGCCUCAUGAAGUCUUUAUUAGUAAUAUUCAGCCGAGGUUAAACCCAGUCGGACUGCUGUGAUUAAAUACCACACAAACACGGUGUAAAACAUGGUAGAAGUAGUUUCACCGGUGACUCACUGAGCCAUAUUUAAAUCUGUAUUGUGUCUGUAACGAAGCUGAGUGAUGAUUAUUAAAGACAGAAUGACUUUAACCCUUUCAGAGCACUGGAAAUAUCUGGGAUCAUUCCCUUCAGUCGAACCCUGCACCUGAUGACCGUCAGCUCACUCUGAACUCUUUGAUUCUUGUUUUGUCUCAUUGUGAGCUUCGUUGUUAUCUGAUGUUUUGUUUUUGUUGCUGUGCUUUGCUUUUAUUUUCUGUAUUUUGGUUUACUUUGAUUUUUAUUUUGUACUUUGUUGUUUUGGUUUGGGCGGAGAUUAAAAGAGAAGUUGUUAUCUGAUGUCUUUAUUUUGUCACUUGUUUGUUUGUUGAUGGCAGUAUGAUUAUUGCUCAGUGAAAGAGUAUUUAUAAAAUAUAAACUGAAGUCUUUUGUGAAA